CGAGCGGGAGAUUUCCCGGACCCGCCCCCCUCGGCUCCCGAAAGCUAAAGCGUGGCAGGGGCCGGGCCGGGAAAGCGGAGGAGGCGGGUCUCCAUAGAAACGUCCACCUGUUUCCGGCCAGUCUGUGCGAGAUUAGGGGCUGCUGCGGGGGCCAAUCUCAGCUAGCUCGCUUUUUCCCAGCGGCCUCUGCGGGAGUGGUGGGUGUUGUACACAAUCAUCAUGGCGGCGGCCGGAGCCCCGGAUGGCAUGGAGGAACCUGGCAUGGACACGGAGGCCGAGACUGUGGCGACCGAGGCCCCCGCGCGGCCCCUGAACUGCGUGGAGGCCGAAGCCGCGGCGGGGGCGGCGGCCGAGGACUCUUGCGCGGCGCGAGGCAGCCUGCAGCCGGCGCCGGCCCAGCCCCCUGGGGACCCUGCGGCCCAGGCCUCGGUCAGCAACGGCGAGGAUGCGGGCGGCGGCGCGGGCAGGGAGCUGGUGGACUUGAAGAUCAUCUGGAAUAAGACUAAACACGACGUGAAGUUCCCCCUCGAUAGCACAGGCUCCGAACUAAAACAGAAGAUUCACUCGAUUACAGGUCUCCCUCCUGCCAUGCAGAAAGUCAUGUAUAAGGGACUCGUCCCUGAGGAUAAGACGUUGAGAGAAAUAAAAGUGACCAGCGGAGCCAAGAUCAUGGUGGUUGGCUCCACGAUAAAUGAUGUUUUAGCCGUAAACACACCCAAAGAUGCUGCCCAGCAGGAUGCAAAGGCCGAAGAGAACAAGAAGGAACCACUCUGCAGGCAGAAACAACACAGGAAAGUGUUGGAUAAAGGAAAACCCGAAGAUGUGAUGCCAUCUGUUAAGGGUGCCCAGGAGCGCCUGCCAACGGUACCCUUAUCCGGCAUGUACAACAAAUCCGGAGGCAAAGUGAGACUCACCUUCAAGCUGGAACAAGAUCAGCUGUGGAUCGGCACUAAAGAGCGGACUGAGAAAUUGCCCAUGGGCUCCAUUAAAAAUGUGGUCAGUGAACCUAUCGAAGGACAUGAAGACUACCACAUGAUGGCGUUUCAGUUGGGCCCCACGGAAGCCUCUUACUACUGGGUGUACUGGGUCCCAACUCAAUAUGUGGAUGCAAUCAAAGACACUGUGCUGGGGAAGUGGCAGUAUUUUUGAAAGCACUUUCACCUCUGGCCCAGGAGACUGACCCAAAGUGAAGGACAUUGCUGGGAGAGGCCUGCAGCAUCCCUGGAUUUCAGAGUUCUGGGACUUUGUUCAAAAACAAACAAAAAAACCUAUAUCCACUCUAAGGAGAUGUGGUGACUGAAGCCAGAGGUGAUGUACUUUCACCAUUAGCUUAAUUUUAACUUAAAAUCACCGGUUCCCUUUUCUGGCAGUCAGCUUCAUACCAUUUUUAAAGUCCAUACGGUGGAAAUCAAUAAAUCUGAGUUCCGAGCACGUUGUGUGGAAUACUCUUCGGUGUGUUUGAGAGUAGAUCUACCAGUUUUGUUUAGAAAGGAAUGAUCAAAAGCUUGCUGGUUUCCUUUUUUAUUUUUAUUUUUUUAAGGCGAUUUCAACUGAAAUAUUUUCAUAAAUCUUUGGUUGCAAACAUUUGGACUGCGUUGUGAUGAAUUGGGUUUUGGUUUUGUUUUUUUCUCAUAUAAAAUUGUAUGCAAAAUGAGGGGGGGUUAGUAAGCCAUAUUUUUCUGUCCAUGGAUUCAGAUUUAAUUUUUUUCCCUUUUGUAUGUUCUCACUUCCUAGAUUUGAAUUUUUGUUUUAAAAACCCAAAGAUGUCAGUUCCUGGUUUUGUACCUCAUCGAUGCUUCCUCUCCUGGCCUCCCUCCCACCAUGUUGCUGCUCGAGAACGCACGGCGGGAGAGGAAGAGCUGUUGGGUCUAGGGCAGGGAGCUCUCAUGCCUGCUGUGCUGGGUGUCGAGCAGCCGAGUAUCUCACAGUGACUCCCGUCCAAACGGCUUGCCCCUUGGGCCGCGGUCUCUGGGGAGUUCUACCUGCUGGUGUCCUGGUUGUCUGGUGCCCUCCCUGAUUUGGCUCUGAUGCCCAGCCUGGCAUGGGUGUGUCUGGGCUGUGCUGCCCAAAAGCCACAGCUCCCAGGCCGACAAAGACCUCUUCAAUGAGGAGCUGGAUGGAAGAAUGUUUCUAUGGCCAUAUAGCUUCAGGCCCAAAUCCUUCUUUCUUUCGAAAUUCCGAGAAAUUCUUAAGCAGUCCAACGAUUAUUUCAAUUACUGCUUCUCCAUUUGGUCCUUCUGCUCAUGCAUUAUGUUCAAGUGUCCUUCAUCCCAGGUUCAGAGAUGCUGCCUUUCUCAAUAAAAGACCUGUUGACCUAGUGGGUUGGCCGAUGUACUUAAACAUCGAAAAUGGGAUAAAUUGCUUUCGUGAUUAGCUCACCCUCUUCUGGUUUUAGCCCUUAUGUUCUUGGUACAUGUGAGCUUCUGUUGUCUCCUUAUGGCUCGAUCGACUCGGACAUGAGGGCGAGUCUCUUGGUGAAUGAUGCCCUUUGUGCUCUUUGCUGUUUCUCUGCUGGCUGUCUU